AAUAAAACCAUUACCCACAUCCAUUUCGUUAUCCACUCUUCACUUCCUUCUUCAAAAAAACAACAUUCUUGAGCCAAAAAAGAUUCUUGCUUUGAGGAAUUGGUUUGCAAAAAUGGCGACAAUCACAGCGGGUAUAAGCCUCAGAGGACCAGUAGUGGGUGGUAACAGGACAUUUGCAGUGACCAAAAGGGCUUUACCCAAGGUGAAAUUCAGCUCAGAGUUGAGUUUUGUGACUUCUCAAUUGAGUGGCAUCAAGAUUUCAAGCACCCAUUUGAGCUCUCCUGCUUCAAUUUCUGUUCCUUUCAAGACAGCCCUUCAACCCGUUGCUCGUAGAGUAUGCCCCUUCACUGGCAAGAAGUCCAACAGGGCAAACAAGGUCUCUCAUUCAAACCACAAAACGAAAAAGUUGCAAUUCGUAAACCUUCAAUACAAGAGAAUUUGGUGGGAGGAAGGCAAACGAUUCGUGAAACUGAGGUUGUCAACAAAGGCCAUAAAGACCAUUGAGAAAAAUGGACUUGAUGCUGUAGCCAAGAAAGCUGGGAUUGAUCUCAGCAAGAAGUAGAACCUGGAACCUGAUAGCAUAUUUGUUUGGACACUAAUUUUGAUGCCCUCAAAAACCAUAACUUUAUUUUUUUGGCAUUGCUUGUUGAUUUGUAGUUAUAUGUUUUCAUGAUAUUACUCUCCAAGCAUAUCUUGAUCACCUACUUUUCAAUGAAUAUCAACAACAUUCUCUCA